CACCAGCAGGCCAAUCGGAGUCAGGAGUGACGACCUCCAUUCCUCCAGCCUUUUCAGACCCUUUGGGACCCGUUUCUCUGCAUAGACCAUAUAGUGUCCCAACAGCACAUAGCAGCCCAAAGGCCAUCAUGUGCAAGAGCCUCAACCCCAGCGAGCGGCUCAAGCACCAAACCGCCGAGCUGCUGGCCGGCAGCGAGCCGCCCAGCAGCAGCAGCAGCAGCAAGCAGUACUGCUGCACCCUGAGGCAGCCCUACACGCCCGACGUGAAGCUGCGCAGCCUCACAAGGGGGAACAAGGCGGCGGGGACCGCGGCUGCUGCGGCGGCUGCUGCGGCGGCCGCGGCUGCUGCGGCGGCCGCGGCUGCUGCGGCGGCCGCGGCUGCUGCGGCGGCCGCGGCUGCUGCGGCCGCGGAGCGCGUUCGGGCUGGCCUCGCCAUGCCGUCGCCUCCUACGACCAAGCGGCUGCAGGGUGAGCCGCUGUGCAAGGGCCGCCCGCUGUGCAUCAUCAAGACGGGCCGCUGCAUGGCCGUGUCGCCGGCAGUGGUGACCGCGCCCCUGCACGCGCGCGUGGUGGGGAGCGAUGCGGGAGGCGGAGGCGGCUACGGAGGCGUGGGGCCCAGCGUACGAUCAAGGCUCAAGGGCGUGCAAGAUAAAUGCAUGGUCUCGCCGAAUGAGGCCUUCACCAGCCGGUCCGCCUCCGUGCGCGGAGAUAUGCGCAGGCGCUUGUGUGUAACUGUGCUGCGGGAUGAGGGGCUGGCGGUGAGCUGGAUGUGAGGCACGGCGCCAGGCUGUGCGAGUUAUGAAUGCGACAUUACAAGAAGGGACAGUCCGACCAAGUAAGGGUGCCCAGCACCCAGGUCAGGAGGGAACCGGUUAAGGGGCUGGCAGAGCUGUGCAGUUCUGUUUUGCGCGCGGUUCUGGAUUUGGGGAGAGGUCGGCCAUUUUGCCGGACGCCGUUCUUUGUCUGCUAGAGAUUUGUCGAGUAUGCGCGCCGCAGGCCAAGCAGGCGAAUCACAGCGCGCGCGUAGCGUGUGUCGAACGGAUAGGGGCCAACAGAGUGUGUGCCAUGAAACGAUCCACGACUGCAUGUGGUUUGGAGGCGCAACGUCUGUGUAAUUGACGAAUAUC